UUCGCCUCAUUCCUGGCAAAACAUUGGUCCUUCGAGCCGGAUAUCACCGACACAAAACGAGAAAAUGGCACCGCAUCCGAAGGCCCAGAAGCCAAACUAUCCGCCGCAAGGAACCGCUUCCUAUCGGUGCCGAGUGUGCAGAGGAGUUCAUGCACUGCGGAAGUGCCAGCCAUUCCUCAAGCUGACGGCCGAGAAACGCCUGCGAGCAGUACUUAUCAAUAAGUACUGCAGUAAUUUCUUAGCCCAUGAGCAUUCCGGGCGCUCUUGCCGCAGUGCGGGAAAGUGUCGACUUUGCCAAAGGGACCACCACACGCUUCUGCAUCUGCACAAUGAAGGGGGCCGUCGAAGACGCUCACCAUCCAGAUCCCCUCACCGCCGUCCGCUGGGGCGGUCGGAUUCAGACCUAGGGGUUGAGCCGUUGAGCUCCGACAGGCCUAGUUCUCCUGCUGCGCUUCAGGAGGAUCAGCGUGGCGCCUAUACCACCACGCUGUCUACCCUCCUGCAACAUAAGGCCACGAGUGUCUUGCCUACGGCUGAGGUGGUUAUCAACACCGGAGUCAAGAAGUUCGAAUUGAAGGCCUUGAUCGACCCUUGCUGUCCUACCAGUCGGAUCAGUGCAUCCUUGGCAAGGUCGGGACCGAUGGUGUGUGCACAGCGAGGCUCCAGUCGAUCAGGGGGCCGUUGGACGAUGAAGUCAUCUUCCACGUUGAUUCCCAGCUACAGCAGAGAUCGCCUGCACGGGAAAUCGAUCCGACGGCAUACGAAGCCUUCGCAAACCUCGCCCUGGCGGAUGAACGCUGGUUUAGGCCGAGUACCUUGGUAUUAGGGGCCGAAGUGUAUCCUCACAUCAUCCGUUCGGGAUUCAUUGCUGGUCAACGAGGAUCAUGAAUUCAUAAUACUAUA